CUUCGGCUACAGAACUUGCCUAAUCCUGUGAUCCUUUUGAGUCGCUCGCAGACCGCCUCGCCCAGUGUCCAAAAAUCGUCCAAAACGGAAGACUUUUGCACAAUUUCUCCGUCGUCCAGUGGCCUAAACCUUCCCAAAGCGUCUUGCAUGCUCGAUCUCGCUAUCACUUUAUAAUCAUCGUCAUCUUCUUCUUCUUCUUUCCUUUUCGAGAUUUACAAUCUCUCGGCGAUUUUCUGGGAUUCCGGGUCAAAAUGUCGUGGCUUAGAUCUGCGGUUAGCAAGGCCGUAGAGGUCGGCAACAAGAACAACCUCACUCGUACGGUCAAGAACUACGCCGAUUCCGUCGUUCAACACGCCGGCCAAGCCGUAGCUGGAGGCGCCAAAAUCCUUCAGGAUCGCAUAGGGACCCGGAAUUUCAGAAGUGUUAAGCAGACCAUUAAAAGACUGGAAGAAGCAGCAGUUUCUUGUACUGGCGCUGAAAGAGUUCAGUUACUGAGAAGAUGGUUGGUUGUGCUUAAAGAUAUUGAAAAAUUAUCUGGAGCUCCACUCGAAGAUAAAGAAAAGACCCUUGAGCAACAUCUUUCUUCGGAUGAAGGAAAGGAUAGCCCAAAACGACCAUCCCUGGUCCUGUAUUAUGACUCUGAUCUUGGGGGUGAGCCAAUGAAUUUUCGUGAUGUUUUUCUUCAGAGUCAGGCUUUGGAGGGCAUAAUAAUCUCUAUGAUUCUUGAAGCACCAGUUGAAGAUGAAGUUUCUCUGCUCCUGGAAAUGUUUGGGCUCUGUCUUACUGGAGGAACAGAAGUUCAUAAUGCAAUAGUGAGCAGCAUACAGGAUCUGGCAAAAGUUUUUUCAAGCUACCAAGAUGAAGUAUUGGUGAAGCGGGAGGAAUUGCUUCAAUUUGCGCAAGGUGCCAUUACAGGGUUGAAAGUCAAUGCCGAUCUUGGAAGAAUAGAUGCCGAAGCCAUUGAGCUCAAGAAAAAGCUUGAUGAAAUUGCAGCUUCCCAGAAGCAUUUAGAUGAAGGCCGUGGAAAUGCACCCGAAGAAACAACUUUAGCAACAAUAGAGGCUCUAAAAGAAGCGCUUGCACAUAUUAGAGUUUGUUCCAGAUUGGAAGGGCUCUUAUUGAAAAAGAAAUUUUUAAACAAUGGAGAUACUCCUGAGGUUCAUGCUCAAAAGGUUGACAAGUUGAAGGUCUUAUCAGAAUCUCUCGCUAGCUCUGCGACGAAAUCUGAAAAACGUAUUUCAGAUCAUAGAUUACAGAAAGAGGAGGCACUAAAAGUUCGUGUAGCCAAAGCAAGUGAAGUUAGUGAAAGAGAGAAGGUAUUAGCAGCUGAGAUAGCAGAACUCGAAACACAAAGAGAUGAUCUUGAAGCUGAAUUGAAAAAGGUUAACAUUUCCUUGGCUGCUGCUCAUGCACGCCUUCGUAAUGCCAGAGAAGAGAGAGACCAGUUUGAGGAAGCUAAUAAUCAGAUUGUUGUUCACUUGAAAACGAAGGAAGAUGAGCUUUCCCAAUCCAUAGCCUCAGCUAGGGUAGAAGCAGAUGUUCUCAGCACAUGGAUUAAUUUUCUGGAAGAUACUUGGGUUCUUCAACUCUCGCAUGCGGAAACUAAGGAGAAGCAGGUCAAUGAUGAACUGGAGAGGCAUGAAGACUAUUUUGUAAACUUGGCCAUUCAUCUCCUUUCUAAUUACAAGAAAGAGUUGGGGCCAUCAAUCGGCCUUAUUCGAAAAUUUGUGGAUAACUUAAAGAAUUUGAGUGAGGGGUCAGCAAAGGCAUCGACUUUGGAUAAUGAGGAUUCUAAAGUAUUUAACCCAAGAAAAAAUCUUGAGGAGGAAUAUUUGGAUUAUGAAGCCAAGAUCAUAACCACCUUCAGUGUAGUGGAUAACAUGAAGGAGCAAUAUUAUGCUCAGGAAGGGAAAUAUUUCAGGAAAGAUGAUUUGAUGGUCAAGGAGCUUUUUGAUGACAUUGAAAGGUUAAGAGCAGAAUUCGAGUCUAUUGAGAGACCAAUCUUAGAGAUGGAGACACCAACCCCGAAGGCUGAAACUCAAUCUGUUGAGAAGCAGCAGAAAGCUCCAUCUCCUCCUCCAAUGCAGGGUACUGAAACACUGAAGGCUGAGAAAGACGAACAGCCAAGAUCACCUGCAAUCAUGGCAGAGCAAAUGCUAGACACUGAAGCAGAACUUGCAAAGUUGGAGUCCGAGUUUGGGAAGGUCGGUCAAGACUACUCUGCUGGGGAGAUUGGUGACUGGGAAUUCGAUGAGCUUGAAAGAGAAUUAAGAGCUGGUGAUUCAGCAACAAGCAAAUAAACCUUCGACUGCAUACAUGGCUAUCCAGUUAUCCCAAGUGUAGUAAACAAGCAAGCAUAUGUACAAGUACGAUAUACAUUUCCGUGUUGCAUUCUGACCUCUACGAAGCUCCCUUUUAGAUAUCAAGCUUCUCUUUGUAACUUCUUUGUAGCAAUUUAUACAGUUUCUAUAUUUUUCAUUCUUCUGUAGAUUCUCAAACUUGUAUCAUGUUUUAAGGAACGUAUUAAACAAAUCAAGUAAACUUGUAUGGAAGUAAAUGUGGAACCUUAAAGGAUGAUUUCUGUUUGCAUCA